AUGUCCUCGGAGUACUCGUUCUGCAGCGAGGGAGGCUUCGACGAGCUCUCGAGCUCCUCCGACUCCGGUUUCGACGUCAGCUUCGAGUCUCCCAAGCACGAAGUCCCAUCCGACAGUCUGUUUCCCCCGGCGAAGGAGGAGAAACGGAAGAAAACGAGGAACGCUAGAUGCAAGAGUCCCACACAGGUGCUCAGGCUGAAAAGGAACCGUCGAAUAAAGGCGAACGAUCGCGAGAGGCACAGGAUGCACACGUUGAACGACGCGCUGGAACGUCUACGGAUGGCUUUGCCGACCUUUCCGGAGGACACGAAGCUCACGAAAAUCGAGACCCUCCGUUUCGCCCACAACUACAUCUGGGCGCUUUCUCAGACGCUGGGAAAUUCCGAGACGGGCGAGAUCACGGUGAACGUGGGCAACGUGACGGUCAGCAUCAGCGAGAACGGAAAUAUGAUCACGUCGUCGACAGGAAGCUGCGCGGUGGCGGCACAGAAACGACUCGGGCCGUCGCACACACCGUUCCCCUAUCCUCAGGAGAGAUUCGUGCCCGAAUGGCAGGAGUAUGAUUGCUACAGCGAUCAGAGUGUCAGCCCCCCGAUGCAGUAUCAACCGUGUUACGACCAGAGGAUGUAUCACGCGCAGCAUCCACUUCCGGCAACUCAUCACAUGGGACACAACAACAUGUAUCAGUGUCUUUAG